CUCAGAGUAGCCUCCACAUAACAGCCAUCUCUGCCAUGAAGGUCCUUCGGGGUCUCCUUGUGCUCUGCACACUGAGCCAUUUCUGCAGCACUUCAGAAGUUAACAGUAUGGCUUUGACAACUGUUGACUGCAGCAUUUACAGGAAGUACCCAGUGGUGGCCAUCCCUUGCCCCAUCACAUACCUGCCAGUUUGCGGUUCUGACUAUAUCACUUAUGGGAAUGAAUGUCACUUGUGUACAGAAAGCUUGUGA